CGCGCCGGCAGCGCUACUGGUGUCCGCUCGCCCGCGCCAUUUUUGUCGAGGGGAACGGCGGUUCGGUCUGCGAUCAUGGCGCUGUUCCCGGCCUUUGCAGGCGUUAGUGAGGCCCCCGAUAGUGGGAACCCCAGGAGAGAGUUAGACUGGCUGAACAACCCAAGCUUCUGUGUUGGAACGGAAACAUCUCUGAGCCAACAAACUGAAGAGGCUCCAGCCCCUGAGGGGCCACCUCUGACAAGGAGUCCUCUGAAAUCAGAGCCUUCAGAUGAAAGUGAUACCAACAAACUGCUCAAACAAGUGAGCAGAAGAAAGAAGAAAGAGAAAAAAAAGAAAAGGAGGCAUCAGCACCACAAGAAAACCAGGAGAAAAUGCUCCCAGUCGAGGAGCACUGGCUCGGAGCCAGACAGUGAUUCCGAAAAUGACUCAUCUGCCAGAAGCGUCAGUAGCAGUAAAAAGGAAUCCAAGAAACCAAAUCAAGAAAAUGCUGCUGCUGCUGUUCCUGGGCCUCGCUUUGUUUGGCUGGAGGACGUUCAGGCUGCGGCAGGAGACACCUUCAGAACAGAUAAGAAACCCGAUCCUGCAAACUGGGAAUAUAAGUCUCUCUACCGAGGAGAUAUAGCAAGAUACAAGAGGAAAGGAGACUCCUGCCUUGGAAUUAACCCUAAAAAGCAGUGUAUUUCCUGGGAAGGGGCUUCCACAGAAAAGAAACAUUCACACAAGCACAUCGAACGUUAUUUUACAAAGAAGAAUGUGGGAUUAAUGAGCACAGAUGGAGACGCCGUUAGCAGGAAGCCUGAACCUCCAUCCUUGGAGCCAAUCUCCUUUAUCCCAGUGAAGGGCUCAGAUGAUGGGGUUCCUCCUGCUGCAACCUGGUUGAACCCUCUGGGGAUUUAUGAUCAAUCCACCACACAGUGGUUACAAGGCCAGGGUCCUUUGGAGCAAGAGUCCAAGCAGCCAGACUCACAGCCGGACAGAGAGAAUGCACUUCUCAAAGCCAAGGUGGAGGAGUUCAACAGGAGGGUCCGAGAGAAUCCUCGGGAUAUUCAGCUGUGGAUGGCAUUUGUUGCUUUUCAGGAUGAGGUCAUGAGAAGUCCUGGGCUGUAUGCCAUCGAGGAAGGAGAGCAGGAGAAGCGGAAGAGGUCCCUGAAGCUCACCCUGGAGAAGAAGCUGGCCAUCCUGGAGCGGGCCAUCGAAAGCAACCCGAGCAGUGUCGAACUGAAGCUCGCCAAGCUGAAGCUCUGCACAGAGUUCUGGGAGCCCUCCACGCUGGUCAAAGAGUGGCAGAAGCUGAUAUUUUUACAUCCCAACAAUACAGCCCUUUGGCAGAAAUACCUUUUAUUUUGCCAAAGCCAGUUUAGCACCUUUUCAGUAUCAAAAAUUCAUAAUCUUUAUGGAAAAUGCUUGAGUACUUUGUCUGCUGUUAAGGAUGGCAGCAUCUUAUCUCACCCUGCUUUGCCUGGCACCGAAGAGGCCAUGUUUGCGCUCCUCCUCCAGCAGUGCCACUUCCUGCGGCAGGCUGGUCAUUCUGAGAAGGCCAUCUCUCUGUUCCAGGCCAUGGUUGACUUCACCUUUUUCAAGCCUGACAGUGUGGCGGAGCUGCCCACCAAAGGACAGAGCAAGACCUGGGAAGGGGGACUGUGGUCUUCCCAGCUGCCCUUCCUGAGGUGUGACCUACACUCUGAGUACAGGGCCCCCGUCAGGACAUUCGCCUGGCCCUCCCUGGGCUCUCCUGGAUGCGGCCCCUGCCAGGUGGAAUUCUUUGAGCCCUUUUGGGACAGUGGAGAGCCCCGGCCCGGGGAGAAAGGGGCUCGGGGCUGGCGAGCGUGGAUGCACCAGCAGGAGCGCGGUGGCUGGGUGGUCAUCAGUCCAGAUGAUGAUGAUGAUGAGCCAGAAGGCGACGACCACGAGGUGAGAGAUAAGACUCUGCCCAGGUGGCAGGUCUGGCUCGCUGCUGAGCGCUCCCGAGACCAGAGGCACUGGUGGCCGUGGCGCCCCGAUAAGACUAAGAAGCAAACCGAGGAAGACUGUGAGGACCCAGAGAGACAGGUGUUGUUUGAUGACAUUGCACAGUCUCUGAUUCAGCUUUCCAGCCUAGAUCUGCAGUUCCAGCUGAUUGCGGCCUUCCUGCAGUUCCUGGGUGUGCCUUCUGGCCUCAGCUUUCCAGAUUCCUGCCGCUAUCUGGCCAUGGAUGAAAACAGCAUCUUCGAUAACGGACUCUGUGAUGAAAAGCCAUUGACUUCUCUCAAUCUUUCAUUUUCUGGCAUCAGCUGUGUUGGCCGCACGGACCAGUUGGGCUGUCGGCGCUGGGCCAGGGGUCACAGUCGGGAGGGUGAGGAGUUCAUCCGCAAUGUCUUUCACCUUGUGCUGCCUUUGUUCUCAGGCAAGGAGAGGUCUGAGCUCUGCUUCUCCUGGUUACGGUACGAGAUUGCAAAGGUCAUUUGGUGUCUACACACUAAAAACAAGAAGAGAUUAAAGUCACAAGGAAAGAACUGCAAAAAACUAGCUAAGAAUCUUCUCAAAGAGCCAGAAAACCGCAACAACUUUUGCCUGUGGAAGCAGUAUGCAUAUCUGGAGUGGUUGCUUGGCAACACAGAGGAUGCCAGGAAAGUUUUUGAUACAGCGCUCAGCAUGGUGGGGAGCAGAGAACUGAAGGAUCAUGAACUCUGUGAGCUCAGUCUCCUGUAUGCUGCACUGGAGGCGGAGCUGUCGCCAGACUUGGGAGGGGCCACCACAGCCCGAGCUGUUCACAUAUUAACCAGACUGACUGAGAGCGGUCCCUGUGGGCCCUACACCGGGCAGGUCUCGGCCGUUCACAUUUUGAAAGCUCGGAAGGUUUAUGAGCACGCCUUGCAGGACUGUUUGGGUGAGAGCUGUGUCUCUGAUACGGCUCCCACCGAUUCUUGGAAGCGCCUGAUAAGCCUAGUUAAAUGCUUUAUGCUUUUCCAGUAUCUGACUGUAGGCAUCAAUGCUGCUGUGCAGAUAUAUGAGCAGGUGUUUGCAAGACUGAAGGGCUCUGUUUCCCCAGCAGGUGCCAGCCUGGAGGACAGUGCCAGCCCUCUGGGUCUGAGCAGUGUUCUCGAGGCCGUCACCUUGAUGCACACGAGCCUGCUCAGGUUCCACAUGAAGGUCAGUGUUUACCCGCUGGCUCCCCUGAGAGAAGCACUCUCUGAGGCUUUAAAGUUAUACCCAGGCAACCAGGUUCUUUGGAGGUCAUACGUACAGAUUCAGAAUAAGUCCCACAAUGCCAGUAAGACCAGAAGAUUCUUUGAUGCAAUCACCAGGUCUGCCAAACCCUUGGAGCCUUGGUUGUUUGCAAUUGAAGCUGAGAAAAUGAGGAAAAGACUGGUGGAAAGUGUCCAGAGGGUAGAUGGUAGAGAGGUCCACGCCACAAUUCCUGAGACCGGCUUGACACACCGGAUCAAAGCCCUGUUCGAAAAUGCGAUGCAGCGUGACAGCGGCAGCCAGUGCCCCUUACUGUGGAGGAUGUAUUUGAAUUUUUUGGUUUCCUUAGGAAAUAAAGAAAGAAGCAAAGGUGUGUUCUACAAAGCACUUCAGAAUUGUCCUUGGGCAAAGGUGCUGUACAUGGACGCUGUGGACUAUUUCCCUGAUGAGAUGCACGAGAUCCUGGACCUGAUGACUGAGAAGGAGCUCCGGGUGCGCCUGCCGCUGGAGGAACUGGAGCUUCUGCUUGAGGACUAGAGACCAGGACAGGGGCCGAAGCCAUGCCUCUGAGGCCUCAUCACAGACUACCACGCGCCAGGAUGGACGAGAGACCGUGACGCACGCGCGUUUGAGUGUGUGUGCAGCCCUCUGCUUUUGAAGGUUCCCUUGGUAAUUUGUGUGUGGGUUAUCAGUCUCUCACCUCUUGCACAUUUUUUUUGAUGUGCAAAUGACAAAAGCUAUCAGUCUACAUUGUAUGUAAAUGUUUAUAUGGACAGAAAACAAUCGUGCCGCGUAGUAACUAAACCCAUCGUGCUUGGUGUGCACGGUCAUCUGUUCUGUUCUUCCUCUGCCCAGCCAGCUCCAGCCGUAUGUACCCCAUUUUACAUCCUUGGGUCCUGCCAAGUCUUCUGGGUCUUGCCAUCACAGUAAGAAAGCUCUUGUUACUCAACGCUAGGACCUCCUCCCCUGGGCUGUCAGUGAGAGACUUUGCCCUUCAGAACAGCAGUGGGGAGUCAUUUAAAACUUAGUGUCCCAGCCUGUGUCAAGUGUUCAAAGUUUUUCAUGAUUCCCUAAGCCCUACUCAGAGAUGCCUGUCUGUGGACCAGCAGUAUCACCUGGGAGCCUAGUAGAAAUGCAGACGGUCCCCCAGCCCUGCCAAGACUGAAUCUGCACUCAAACAGGCCCCCCGCUGCAGGGAAGCGUGCGGGAGAGCAGCCUCUUAGCACGGAGCCUCUCAGCCUUCGCCAGACCAGCCCUGUCUGCGCCAUGUGCUCCAGGUGCACGUUGGCACAUGGGCACUGCCUGGUAUGGAGGCCUGACAGGCUGUGCUCUUUUCAUUUCUGAGGGCCAUGAAAGGAAUGAAAUGGAAGUACCCACACUCAGGCCAUUUAUCGUCAUGAAGAGAUUUAGUGCCUUGCAGUCAUUUUCACCACUAAUAACAGUUGGGAGGAAACUGCUUUAUCUUCUUUGAGGUCCUGCUCUAAAAAAAAAAACCUCUGGCUUUUUAAAAAAUUAUCUAAUUGCUGAAGACAUAUUUCUUUGGCACUUCAUCCAGAAAAGCUUGUGUUGUGGAAUAGAAUUUUGGCUAGAAACCAGACACUCAUUGGGAAAAGGCAGGAAGGGCAACAGAGCUACUGUACUUCCUGGGAUGGCACCUCAGAGCACCCAGGAAGCUGGCCAGCCAACCAGGUGGUUGCUGACCUUGAUCUGCCCCGCUCACUGGCUUUAAGACUGUACGUACUGUUCAGGAAGGAAAGGGAAGCCAGGAGAUGGAGAGAAGAGGACGCUCUGACACUCCUGAGAGGGAUGAGGCUUCUGAGCCGAGGACAGGGGCAGCAGGCUGGCUGAGGUCUCCAGCCCUGACCCUCUGAGACUUCUCUUAGGAACCCUCAAUCUCUAGCAACACCAACACUUCUUUCCCACUCCCAGAGGGCAGAGAACCUCAUAGUUCACAGACCUUCCAAAAGGGAAACAGCCUUGUUGCUUAAGGCUUUGUGGUCAUGACCCUCUUUUCCCCAUCAGCUGCUGCUGUACGAAUCUACCGCUUUCUCUGGGGGUGGGCGGGGUUGGGGGGGGCAACAGGCAUUGACGUCUGAAUUCCUUGUGAUCGCCCAGAACUUCCCAACACCCGGACCUAGCUGCUAGUUAAUGCUGAGCAGCAGGUAUGAAGGCUCCAGAAACAGGCUGAACAGUUUGAGAAGGAGCAUGCUUUACUGGGAGGAGAGCACUGCGCUGACCCACAGACCAGCGCGGCCCCGCCGGCAUCCUACCACCAUGCUCAAAAAGGUACACGGAUGUUCUGUUAAAAAAGAUCGACUGGAACGUGGAUUUCACCAGGCAGUUUCUCUGACCUCAUCUUUCUGAGGGGGUCAGGAGACUCCCAACCAUUUCCUUAUAGGCAACUGUGGUCCACUAGAGAUAGAGCCCCUCAGGGGUACCUUCUUGUUUUUUAUAAAGAACAUUUUCUUUAGA